AUUAUUUAUUUAGUAUUCUGAUUUCUGAGUUUUUAUUGUUUCUAACAUUCUGAAUAUUCUGAUAUUCUGCAUUAGACAUUUAGACGUUACUACGUCAGUACGUAGACUGUGGAGUGUAGACUGUAGUUGUGUAGUUGGCAGUGUCAAGUAUAGUACAGAACGCGUUUUGAUUCCAAACUCCUGCUGAUACAUAAACUUGGUCAGUCAUGAACACUAAAAUAAUUGUACGAUUUUAUCAAACAGUAAAACCUCACCAGCCAUUAAUACAGUUUCGACAUGGUGUCCCAGAGAUAAAUAAAUCCAAGUCAACUCCGUCAUCUUUUGAAACUGCAGGUGCAGUUCAAACAAUGGAAGACUAUCAACUACCUACAAAAUUUAAAAGAGUAAUGAUGGAGGAUGCUGAAAUAAAUGCUAUUAACAGUGGUGGAGCUGAAUGAAGUUUUAACUCAUAUUUAGAUUAAAUAUUUAGUAAUAAAAUUUAUAAAAGCAUAAAGAUUCAAUAUAUUUACACAGUAUUAAGGUGCCUAUUUAUUUAUUAAUAAUUAUAAUGUUUGUAUAAUAUAUAAAUAAUUGUUUAUUUUGACUUAAUAUUAAUAAAAUUAUUGAUUUGAA